AUGGAAGUAGUGAAAAUCACGAACAAGAGUUACGACCUAGGAGCUCUCGUCUACCAUGACUCUUCAUCCUUAGAGAACAUGACCGAGAAGGAGCUUUUAGCCAAGACCAAAGAGAAUGCGAAUAAAUUCUAUCAGGUUAUGUUUGACCACAGAAAACUCCAACCUGAGAAGAAUGUGCUUGAGUUUGAUAGACCCUUCUACACCAUAGACCUUCCACCCAUUGAAGAGAGGAUCCCUAGAUUAGUCCCACCUGCUGCUCCAAAGCCAGAGACCAAAUGGGAGAAAUUCAGGAAGGAAAAAGGUAUCGCUCCCAGAAAAAGGAGAGACACUAAAGUAUACGACCCUAUUUCUAAGAAAUGGUACAGAAGAUUUGGACAUAAAUCCAUCAAAAAGCUAGAAGAAGCCAGAACAGCCAUCAUCGAAGCCAAGCCAGGAGAGGAACACAUCAAUCCAUUCGAGACAAGGUCUCUUGAGAAGAAAAUUAUGCUUGAAAAGGAAAAAUCCAAAGCCAUCAAGAAUCAGAUGAGAGCAGCUGGUAUCAACAUGAAACUUCUCAGAGAGAAAAAGAGUCUGUACGAUAUUGAGACCCCCAAGAAUAAGAAAUCCAAUCCUAAAGACAAGAAGAGGGACAAGAAGAGCAAAGGCAAGAGAGCAGAUAGACAACUUAUUGAGAACACUCUCAAAAAUGCUCAAAUUUCAACAGCCUCCAUGGGUAUUUAUGACAAAAAGGCUACAAAGAAUGAGAAGAAUGUUAAGAGAAAGAAGAAGCUUAAUAAGGAAAGAAGUCUUAAGUUCCUCAAGAUACUCAAAAAGAAAGACGAAAUUAAGAACGGAGUUGUCAAUGACGAUGUCCUUGUUAGAAAAAGACAAGUCGACAGAGAUAACAAGAGAGCAAGAGCCAGAAAGGCAGCUAGAGACUAA